GUGUCAAAUAAUUUAGUGCACGCAAAGCGAGGUCACGGUGUCGAAUAACAUAUAAUAAUGGUGUGCCUAAACAACCCGCGGAACGCCGGAGAUGGGUCAUUCCGGAGAUGGCGGCGUUCUCUGUCAGUCAGAAGUGAAACUUUCCUAUUUUUAGCGACUCGUUUACAGCUUUAAUAACGUGUUAUUUCACCAAUGACCGUACGUGUAUUAUCUGUUAGCAGUGGGACCAACGCUACGUUUGAAAACGACUGACGGCAACGGAGAGGCUUAAACCCACGGUUUUUUAUGACCUAUUUUAUCCUUUUUUUCAUCGCUGAAUCGCUGGGCUUCCCUGGAAGUUGACGCUGGUGACUCGCUGACAUUGGCCAUCAUAACGACUGUUGUUGUUGUUGUUGUCGUCGUCUACAUGAAACCCUAGAGCAGCCAAGAGACGUAUCCUCCCACAUAUUGUAAUACCAUCUAGCUGUCUGGCCCGGCGGCCACUGGACGUCGACCGCAUAGGAAGCCGUGCGGCUUACUGUCGGAUCGCAGGUGUUUGUUGGGGCGGACGUGGUGGAUGCCACCACUAGUCGCGGUCACGCAUUAUUUGGUUGGCUGAGAUCGUCCAUCCUGGCAAAUCAAAUGGAGAAGCUCCAGGAGCUGAGCCAAUCAGAGCUGCAGGAGCUUCUGGACAACACGGAGAGGGUGGAGUCAAUGGCGCUGGAAUCAGAUGAGAUCCAGAACAUCCAGCUGGAGCGGGAGAUGGCCCUGGCCUCCAACCGCAGCCUGGCCGAGCAGAACCUGGACGUCAAGCCGCGCCUGGAGCAGCAGAAGGAGCUGCUGGUGGAGCGCUACUCCCAGCUGGAGGCGGCCCGCGACGCUUACCGCAAGCACUGUGCCCUGCGAGAUGGGUUCGCCGGUCAGGUGUCCCCAGAGGCGCUGUUCUCCAGGCUGCAGACAGAGGGCUCCAACACAGAGGCAGAGUCAGAGACGCUGGCCUCUGACUUCCUGGACGGGUCGGUGUCGCUGGAGUCGUUCCUGGAGCGGUUCCUCCCCCAGCGCUCCCUGGCCCACCGGCGACGCGUGCGCCUGGAGAAGUUCCAGGACUUCCUGAGACAGAGGAGCCACGCCCCCGACCCCGCCCCCGACCACGCCCCCGCCGGGACGCCGGCCGCCUGCGCCGGCCAGGAGCCCGCCACCACCCCCGGCAACCACCACCCCCACCCCCACCAGCAGCCCGGCUCCUCGCCAGCAGGGGGCGCCCCCUACACCCCCUACCCCGUCGCCCCCACCUCCGUCAACCCUGCCCCGCCCGCCUCCAACGCACCGGCCGGGUACUCCCCAUACCCCCCCGCCGCCGCCGCCACCGCCGGCUACCCCGGCCCCAGGCCCGCCUUCGGGCCCGCGGGCGCGCCCUGCCCUUACCCCACCCAGCCCUCUUUCCCCAGCCCCCACCCGGGCUCGGCCUUCGGUCAGUACACCCCCGCACCCCCGCAGGGCCCCCUGCUGGGCCCCCAGCCCUACCCGGCCUCCUACUCCUAUGGAGGGUACAGCUACCCGGGCGGCCCGCCCUACCCGGGCCCCCAGCCGCAGGCCGCACGGCCCGUGUACAGACCCCCUGGGUACGGGGUCCCACAGCCCUACUCCUGA